AUAGAUUGCGAGAGAGAGAGAGAGAGAGAGAGAGAGAGAUAGAGCUCUCAAUUCCCUUCCAAAUAUUCCUUUCAACAGUAGGCCCUUUUGUUUUCUCGAAUCCCAGCCAUUCCACCAUUAUAUCCUCUGCAACUUCAUUUUCAUUCUCCGUAAGAAAGAUAAGGGAAAAGGAAAAAAAAAAAAGAAAAAAAGACCCCUACCCUCUUCUCCAUAUCUCUGAAGAAAUGUCUCUGAUCCCUCUGCAUCCUUGAAUACACAACUUCCCCUUUUCCACUAACUUUUCAUUUAAACCAUUAUCCCCAGAAAACCUCUGUUACUUUCUCCUUUCUUUCAUUUUUUUAAUCUGACUAGUACUCUCUGUAUUCUUCAAUUCCUUCACCUCUGUUUAUAUAUUUUUUUCCCAUCUCUGAUCUCCUAUAUCUAUUAACCCUAGAGGAAUCCUACUGAAAAAAGCCUAUUCUUUCUCUUUACUUUGCCCUCUUCUAUCUCUUUCUUCUUCUUUCUCUCUCUCAACACCCAUGCAAAUCAUGAGGCACUCAUGAUAUAAUCAUAUAAUCACAUCUCCGUUGCUUUUCAGCUAUUCCUCCCAGAAAUAGCUUUCCGUUCCAUGUUCUAGCCCAUUUCUUGCCCUCUCUAUUAAACUUUCCUCAUUCCUUAUUUAAUCCUCCUUAUUUCCUUUUUAACUCUUUCAUUCAUUUUCCCUUGCGAGUCUGACUAAAUUAGAUUUUCAUCAUCCUCAUGUUCUUAAGCUCUAACCCGAUAAUGAGAACUGCAUCACCUUUGCCCGAUCUUUCUUUGCAGAUCAGCCCACCAUCAGCCUCUGAUCGUGAAGCGAUAAAAGAAGUGGGUUACGACGGAGGAUUAACAAGGAAAGCCUUUUACAAUGAUAGGAGCUCAACUACAGAUUCCGGUAGCAGCGGAAGCGAUUUGAGCCAUGAAAAUGGCUUCUUUAAUCAAGAGAGGAGUUAUAAUCUUGGUCCUAGUGAGCCGACUUUGAGCUUAGGUUUUGAAAUGGCGGAUUUGAGUGCUCCAACGCUGCAACUACCGACAAAUCUUAACCACCAUCAUCAUCCUCACCACCAAAAACCUCAAAUCUACGGCCGCGAGUUCAAGAGAAAUGGAAGAAUGAUUAGUGGGGUGAAAAGAAGCAUCAGGGCUCCCAGAAUGAGAUGGACCACAACUCUACAUGCUCAUUUUGUUCAUGCGGUCCAGCUUCUUGGUGGCCAUGAAAGAGCAACACCCAAAUCAGUUUUGGAGCUGAUGAAUGUGAAGGAUCUAACCCUAGCUCACGUGAAGAGUCACUUGCAGAUGUAUAGAACAGUGAGGAGCACUGACAAAGGAUCAGGUCAAGGCCAGACAGAUAUGGGUUUGAAGCAAAGGGCAGGAAUCGUUGAUACGGAUGCAGGAUUAUCUGCUGCAAAAACUGAAACCAACCCUUGUUGUUCUCUCAACCCUCCACCAACAUCACCACUACCAACCAUACAAAAAACCCAAAUAAGAGGUUCGUGUUCAUCAUCAAUGGAGAGAAGCGACAAAAAUAGAUUAAACAAUGAGGCUUCGACAUAUUCUCAUUUCAAUUCACAUGAUGCCAAGGAGGAAGGAGUCAUGGCAGCCCUCCAUAUGUCUGAAAGAGUGAAGGAGAGAUUGGACUCUAGGUCCUUGCCACCUUCAGACAUGUUGAUUAAUCUAGAGUUCACUCUUGGACGGCCAAGUUGGCAAAUGGACUGUGCUGAAACAUCAAAUGAGUUGACCCUUCUCAAGUGUUAAAACACUAAAAAAUAUUUCUGUUUUUUUUUUUUUUUCCUUCUUCUUUUUUAAUUUUGAACGUGCAUGGACGAAAGUAUCUAAUGUUUUUCAUGCAUCAGUUCCAUGUUCUUGGAAUUUUGUCUCAAUUGUGGAAAGGAGGAAAAAUGGUAACUUUAAUUAUAA